GAUAUUAAUUCCAUUUCAUAAUUAUUAUUAUUGUUAUAUAGCCCAACAUUCACACUCAUCUUCCUCACAGGCUUCAACGUGUAGGUAAAGAAAGCCAAAAAAAAAAAACAAUAGCAAUGGACUCUGUUUCUUCCUCUGCCUUCCUCUCCACAUUAUCUCCUAAACCCUCUCUGCUUCGUCACCGCCCAUCUUCCUCUCGUCUUCUCCUCCGUAUCAACUCCUCCGUCGUCGAAAACAAUGGCCCUCCUCCGAGCAAACCUAAGAAACUCUACACCACAGCAGUUCCAUCUCCGGCAAAACUCCGACCAGAAACGAAUAUCGUAACAGCUCUCUUCACCACCGUCGAAGACAUCAUCAACACGUUCAUCGAUCCACCGUCACGUCCUUCCGUUGAUCCAAAACACGUUCUCUCCAAUAACUUCGCUCCCGUCCUCGACGAGCUCCCUCCAACAGAAUGUGACAUCAUCCACGGCUCUCUUCCACCGUCUCUUGACGGCGCUUACAUCCGUAACGGCCCUAACCCACAGUUUCUCCCUCGUGGUCCUUACCACCUAUUCGACGGUGACGGCAUGCUUCACGCGAUCCGUAUCCGUAACGGCAAAGCCACGCUCUGUAGCAGAUACGUCAAGACUUAUAAGUACAACGUCGAGAACAAGAACGGAGCUCCGUUGAUCCCUAACGUGUUCUCCGGAUUUAACGGCGUGCCGGCUUCUCUUGCUCGCGGAGCUUUGACGGCGUUUAGGGUUUUAGCUGGACAGUAUAAUCCGGUUAACGGUAUUGGUUUGGCUAACACGAGUCUAGCUUUCUUCUGUAACCGUCUCUUCGCUUUAGGAGAAUCUGAUUUACCGUACGCCGUGCGAUUAACGGACACUGGAGAUAUCGAAACGAUCGGACGAUUCGAUUUCGGCGGGAAGUUAGCGAUGAGCAUGACAGCUCACCCGAAAACCGAUCCUCAAACCGGAGAAACGUUCGCUUUCCGGUACGGUCCGGUUCCACCGUUUUUAACGUUUUUCCGGUUUGAUCCAACCGGGAAUAAACAAAGAGACGUUCCGGUUAACUCCUUGACGUCUCCAUCCCUCGUUCACGACUUCGCGAUCACGAAGAGGCACGCGAUCUUCGCGGAGAUUCAGAUUGUGAUGAGAUUGGUGCUCGAGGGGGGAUCUCCGGUUGGCGCGGACAACCGGAAGACGCCGCGGCUCGGAGUGAUUCCUCGUUACGCCGGCGAUGAUUCGGAGAUGAAAUGGUUCGAGGUUCCAGGAUUCAACAUCAUCCACGCGAUCAAUGCUUGGGACGAAGACGACGGAAACACCGUCGUUUUGAUCGCUCCGAACGUUCUGUCGAUCGAGCACGCCAUAGAGAGGAUGGAUCUCGUCCACUCUCUGGUGGAGAAGGUGAAGAUCGAUCUCGUCAACGGAAUCGUGACGCGUCAUCCGAUCUCCGCGAGGAACCUCGAUUUCGCGGUGAUCAAUCCGGCGUUCGUCGGGAGACGGAGCCGGUACGUGUACGCGGCGAUCGGGGAUCCGAUGCCGAAGAUCUCCGGAGUGGUGAAGCUCGACGUGAGUAAAGGAGAUCGGGAUGACUGCACGGUGGCGGCGCGUAGGAUGUACGGUCCAGGUUGUUACGGCGGCGAACCGUUUUUCGUAGCGAGGGAUCCUGGUGAUGCGGAGGCAGAGGAGGAUGACGGUUACGUGGUGACGUAUGUUCACGAUGAGGAGGCUGGAGUUUCCAAGUUUAUAGUGAUGGACGCGAAGUCGCCGGAGCUUGAAAUUGUCGCGGCCGUGAGGUUGCCGCGAAGGGUUCCGUACGGAUUCCACGGACUAUUUGUAAAGGAGAGUGACAUUAGUAAGCUCUGACUAUAGUUUCUAGGUGAAUAAAUCUAAGGAUUAAGUGAUGUUUAAUGGAGACAAAGCACGAAUAUGCUGUAACUGAAAGUAAAAUUUAUGAAUACUAUGAAUGGAAGGAACUAGAAAAAAACGAAACCAUUGCACAAGUUAACCAUUAGGGUUGGUUAAGAAUGCAUUGAAUGGAAAUCAAACUAAUACUGUAUAUGCAAAAAAUCUAACCCAUAG